GUAUGAGGGUGUAGGCCAGUGGCUCUCAAUUUGUGGGUCGUGACCCUUUUGGGGGAUCGAACAACCCUUUAACAUGGGUCAUCUAAGACUAUUGGAAAGCAUAGAUAUUUACAUUAUGAUUCAUAACAGUUUCAGUAUUACAGUUAUGUAGUGGCAAUGAAAAUAAUGUUAUGGUUGAGGGUCACCACAACAUGAUCUGUAUUAAGGGGUUGCAGCAUUAGGAAGGUUGAGAGCCACUGUUCUAACCAGAUAGCAUUGGGCAGGUAAAGGUUUAUCAAUCUUGGAGUCACAUUACUCUUGUUGUUAUGAGUUCAUAUUUUGUGACCCUGUUUCUGUAAUCAAAGGUGACUCUCCCCCAAAGCAGGCCUGCUUCACUUGCUGUGACUGAAUUCUUCCUAGGCUUUGGGCGCACCUCACACCACGAGCCGUUCACUCCUGCCUUCUACUCUGCUUGGAUAUGCUCCAGCUCUGCCCUUCGGGUCUGGAGUGGUAGGCAAGUGCUCUAACGCCAAGCCACGCCCCCAGUCCUGUCUGUGAACUUCUCAAGAAGGCAGGCCCUGGUGUCUCUUGGCUGCACGUCCCUAGCCUCUGACAUGGUGCCCUUUGUAUGUGAUUAUUUUUAUACAGGGAAUUAUUUCUUUCAGCAUCGAUUAGGAGGAAGGAAAUCAGAACUCAAAUAGGUCCUAUCAGCUGGAAGGGACCUUUAAGAACAGACCACAGAUGUGGAGAAGCUCAGCCAGGCAGUGGUGGCGCACGCCUUUAAUCCCAGCCACUCAGGAGGCAGAGGCAGGCGGAUCUCUGUGAGUUCAAGACCAGCCUGGUCUACAGAGCAAGUUCCAGGACAGCCUCCAAAGCCACAGAAACAACAACAACAACAACAAAAAGAAGCUCCCGAGGCCACUGGGGAGGACUGGCUUGAGGUGGGAGAGCAUCGGGACUGCUGUUUCUCCCUUUAAAGAUCACCUUUUCCUGUAAGAGAAGGUUCAGACGACAGUUCACUCCAGGGCAUGUUAUGUUGGGACCAGAGGGAAGAGGGAGGCAGCUCUUUGGCACACAGCCUUCUAGAAACAGCCUGGGGCUUGUUCUAGAGGGGAACCUGGGACUCCAUCAUGUCCCCAAGAUAUCCUCAAGACUAUAGUUGGCCAGCACAGGACUUGUGUCUAAGCUCAAAGGUGCCUUCCCAGGUCACCAGAAAUAGAUGGAGUACAUUAUUAGUAACCUUGGGCUAUGUUUUGUUUAAUUAAAUAUUAGAUGAAAUAUUCAAUUAACCAGAAAAAUCUCAUUUUGACUAUUACAGAAAAAAAUUUCAAAAAUUUGUCAGCCGGUUAUGUAUUUACCAUGAAGUACUUUUUACUGAACGUCUGGACCUGCUAUGUCCCAGGCGCCAAUGUAGUAGCUGCUUGGAUAGUCCAUCUUCGUACUCCUCAAGAGUCACAUGUGUUCACUUGAAUAGAGUCCUGUGUCCUCCCCCAGUCCCUGGUCCAGACCGUCCUGGGUGGUGCAGAGAAUGUGCUUCUUGACAGGGAGGUGCAGACAUUCCGGGGAUGAGCCUGGUACUCUCAUGCUGACCUCUGAGAGUCAACUCAGGUUCCCUGGCCUCUGCUGCCCGGCCUGGGAGCGAUGUGCCUGGUGUAAAGCAGCCAUUCUCUACCUGUUGACUGACAGCUCCCUUCUAUCCAAGCCGCCUUUACCAACACGGGGGGGGGGGGCUGUUGUCACCCUGUACUGUAUCUUUCCCAUUUAAGCCUCUUGUGCCCCCUGCCACAUCCAACAUCCUGGCACCCUGGCAGCUGGCCUUGGUUUCUUCCUCCAGCUUAUCAUCCUAGAGCUUGAAAAGGGGGUGCAUCUUUCUGUGCACCUACUUCCGAGCCCCCCUUUGUCUCACUAUCAAGUGGAAUUGCAUACAUAAUAGAACUUAGGUCAAGACCCCUGACUCCCCCCCACCCCCGUGUGGUUUUACUCUGUAGCCCAUAAUGGCCUGGAAUUCAAAAUCCCACUGCUUUAGUCUCCUGGUGCUGAGAUUAUAAGUGUGGACCUCACACCUGUUAAGAUUGAGCUCUCUCCAUUGGCUUCCCAUGCUGUAUCAGAUCCGACAGGGCACACCAGGAAUGCCUGACAGCAAGCUGGCCUAAACACACUUGGGCUGGCUUCUCAUUUAAGUCGUCUGGAGGGAGGCAUUUCUGGCUGAUGUGAGGUUCCUUCUAGAUCACCAUCUCACCUGCUUGUCUUCAUGCUUCAGGACGGCUGUUGAAGCUGAAGCAGCAAAUCUGUGUUGCCUUGUGUCUAGCCCAGUGUUUCUGCGGCUUUGAUCCAGCUUUACAGUGUGGGCCUCCUCUGCUGCCUGGGAGAAGCUUUAGAAAAGGGGCUGGGAAGAGGAACAGUGAUAUCUGAGCAGACAGCAUGGAGACAACAGAGGAGAAUGCAACACCACAGGAGAGAACUACAGGCAUGGUCAUCUUCCACGAUGUUGCUGUGCUGACAGACAAGCUCUUCCCCAUCGUGGAGGCCAUGCAGAAGCACUUCAGUGCUGGCUCGGGGACCUACUACAGCGACUCUAUCUUCUUCCUCUCAGUUGCCAUGCACCAGAUCAUGCCCAAAGAGAUCCUGCGGAUUAUUCAGCUGGACCUUGACCUGAAGUAUAAGACCAACAUCCGAGAGCUGUUUGAAGAGUUUGACAACUUCCUGCCAGGUGCUGUUAUCGGCAUAGCCAGAGAGAUGCAGCCUGUGUACAGGCACACAUUCUGGCAGUUCCGCCAUGAGAACCCCAAGACCAGAGUUGGGGACCCUCCACCUGCGGGGCUCCCUGGCUUCAACAGUGGAGUAAUGCUGCUGAACCUGGAGGCCAUGCGCCAGUCUCUGCUCUACAGCCAUCUGCUGGAGCCUGCACGGGUACAGCAGCUUGCAGACAAGUACCACUUCCGGGGCCACCUUGGGGACCAGGACUUCUUCACCAUGAUCGGCAUGGAGCACCCCGAGCUCUUCCAUGUGCUGGACUGCACCUGGAACCGGCAGUUGUGCACCUGGUGGAGGGACCAUGGCUACAGUGAUGUCUUCCAGGCAUACUUUCACUGUGAGGGCCACGUCAAGAUCUACCACGGGAACUGCAACACCCCUAUUCCAGAGGACUAGGCACCAGCCCACCCACUAGGCCCAUGGGGCUCCCGGGCAUGGGGAAGGAAGAGUGACUCUUCAAGGAUGCCUUUGGGAUCCAGGUGCUGCAGGCCCCCCAGCUGGCCAGUCCCUGUCCAGUGGCCAUCCAAAGAAGCUUAGCUGAGCACUGCUGGAGGUCAGGCUGUUUCUCUCCAGGGCAUCGUGAAGGACAGACACAGAUGUCUUCCAGGCUGUAGCUGAAGAUACGGAAGGACAAGACUCCCUUGUCCACAUGGAGUCCAAAUCCUUUUAAAGAACUGGCUUUUGCUAGACCAGAUAAGUGUUUAACUUAGCUAGGCAGGCUUCUGUUUUGUGAGAAGGAACAAACAGUGCUGCUGUAGCUCCCAGUGAGCACUGAGUGAGUGCGGCAGGGUUUUAACAGGUAGCCCAGAGUUAAAGCCUCCGAAGGAAUGCCACAGUCCUGCAAUCUUUCCCAGGAGGCUUUGCACCUCCUCUCCGAUGUUCUUGUUGCUUGGUGUAGGCUUCAAGGGCAGCAUCUCUUUAGGUAAGGCCUUUGGGCUGCUAGGGAGCAUAAAAUAAUCCCCUUACUGUAGCACUCACAGCUCUUGUCUCCCCAGUGUAUCCAGGAACCCAUUUUCCCUUGUCCGUUCACCUACUCCCGGUGACCUGGCUGUACUAAGGAAUCAAAUUGGCCGUCAAAGGACAGAGAUUGGCCAUGCUGAGGCAUGCUCCAUAACUGUCCACUCCAGGAAGCAGCCCAGUUCAUUAAUGCAGCUGGGCAGGGCGGGCUUGCAAAGGGCUGGCCUAUGGUCUCACUGGUCUCUGGUGUGGAACAGACAGACCCACUCUUUCCUGUGGCGCCAUGCCAGACCCUACCCCUGCAGAAGAGUACACAAUUCUUUUAUUUGUGCUUGUAAUGGGCUCUGUAAGUCAAUUGCCCACAUGAAGCCACCACAGGCCAUGUCAUGUAGUCCAGCUCAUGUACUCAGUCAAUAAAUGUUAAGAGUCUCAUUGUAUUUUCUUUCAGUUUCAUUGACUUUUAAAUUUUCUUUCACCAUAAGUGAGAAUAGCUAAUAAAUAAUCUUUGAGGA